GCCCCGGAAGUGAUGUCAGUUCCACGCUCGCUGUUCCUCUCUAGUUUCCCUGCUCUUUCUGCGGUGCUGAUUUCAGUUUCACUACCGGCAGCUUCUCGGCGUUUAGGCGUCUAAAUGUGUUGAUAAACGUUUAUAUAUGUUUCCCGUAGCCUCGGUAUUUAAAUAAAGAUACAUUUCUGGGAGAGAUGGAGUAUCCGGUCCAGAGUGGGUUCAGACAGCGUAAGAUACAGCCGGAGGUCAGGAUGCGAGGGGCCCCGGUGGACCCCGGUGACCCCAGGCUGCUGUUUGACGACACGAGCGCUGGAGGGAUCGGACACAGGCAGGCGUUGCUCUCGGACCCCGUGUCUAACCUGGCCAUGGUCUACGGCAGCAGCCUGGCCUCCCACGGCCGAGAGAUGAUGGACCAGAACCUGGAUCGGUUCAUCCCCAUCUCUAAGCUGAAGUACUAUUUUGCGGUGGACACAGUAUAUGUGGGCAAGAAGCUCGGACUGCUGGUGUUUCCUUACAUGCAUGACAACUGGGAGGUCAGCUAUCAGCAGGACACUCCGGUCGCCCCGCGCUUUGAUAUCAACGCCCCCGAUCUCUACAUUCCAGUGAUGGGGUUCAUUACGUACAUCCUGGUAGCAGGACUGGCUCUGGGCACACAGAACCGGUUUUCUCCGGAGAUCUUGGGCAUUCAGGCCAGCUCGGCGCUGGUGUGGCUCAUCAUUGAGGUUUUGGCUGUUCUUCUCAGUCUGUAUCUGGUAACAGUUAACACUGACCUCACCACCAUCGACCUGGUGGCCUUUUCUGGAUACAAAUACGUUGGGAUGAUCGUGGGCGUGAUAGCAGGACUUCUGUUUGGCCGGAUGGGAUAUCACCUCUCGCUGCUCUGGUGCUGCGUCUCUAUUUUUGUUUUUACGAUUCGGACACUGAGGUUAAAGAUCCUGUCUGAAGCGGCCGCAGAGGGUCGGUUAGUGCGAGGAGCCAAAAACCAGCUGCGAAUGUACCUGACGAUGGCCAUCGCUGCCGCGCAGCCCGUCUUCAUGUACUGGCUGACCUUCCAUCUGGUCAGAUAAGAGCCUCGGGUGUGUAGAGGAUAAGCCAUAUCGUUUGUACCGCAGCAGUCACAAACGUCUCUAGAGACAUGAGCCUAUUUGCACACACAUAAUAAACCAACGGACACACAUUGUGCAGCUUCACAGCACAAUACGAAUGAUCUGAACUGUAAUUGCCCAGCAGUCUUUUGUAUGUCUGUGGUUUGGACAUUUCUAAGAGUUUCUGAUGGCGUUUUUGUAUUAUGUACAGUGUAAUUGUAUUUUUUUUAAUGUAAAACUGUGUUUAUGUUUGCAAACAAAGGUCGUUGUCUGGAUGCUAUGGCUUGAGAAACAUGUAUGUGACUGUUUGCUAGCUGCAAACCAAUGAAACGGGCUCUGUGUGAUGUUUGUGUGUUGAUUUAUUUUAAACCAGUAAAGCAAUCUGUCCUUCUUGUCACACUAACAGAUACAUAAAGAUACAGUCUUAAGGUUAGACAGCUUUCAUGUUUCAUUUAAAAAAAAAAUCACAUUUCAGGGUCAAUUGCAGUUUUAUUCUUUCAUAAUUGAAUUGAAAUAAAUGCCUGUUCCCAAGA